AUGAACCCUUGGCUCUCCGAUCCCUCCUCGACUCCAAACAAUCAUGUUGGCUUUGGAGGCCCGAUGGAUGCUGGCAUGUCUUUUCUCCAGCCUCCCCAGACCAUAAAUCCUGCGCAGUUCCAGAAUCCUGCCUUUCUCAACGGCGCUGCUCGAACCGCUUCGCCUGCCUUCCACAACCCUGUGUAUCAGACCAACCCCGUAAUUCCUUCAAAAAGAGCAAGAGACGAUAGCUUGGGCGCAUCCCCGCGGCAGGCACCAGGAGGGCUAUCUGGCUCGAGAUCACAAACACCCGGACAAAGUCUUUUCCCGGGAUUCAAUCCUCAAGCGAAUGGCGCGCCGGCGGUAUCUAACGCGCCGACACCUUUCCCGCACCUCCAACAACCUACGUCCAACGCCACACCCUCACCAACAACUCAACAAAUAAGCCAAUUCAGCCAGCCCGGCGGUAACCAACGCGUCGCGACGGCUUCGCCCAGUCCGUUUUCUCCCCAGCAGCAUACUGGACACCAUGCAUCGCCGGCGCCCUCGGACCAUGGCAGUCGCGUGGGCACACCGCAUGACAACCCGCAUAAUUUCAUGCCCAAUGGAGUCUUCUCGGCGGGUUACAACCAAGCUCAAUUUGGGCCAAAUAUCAGCAACCGGAUGCCUCAGAUGGGGAUGAAUCCCCAAGCGACGAUGGCACAUCAACAUCCAGGGAUGUCCGCUGCACAAAGAAACUAUCAAAUGCAGCUGCAAGCCCAAGCCGCUCAAAUGGCGCAGCAACCUGGGCGUGGCAUGAACGGCUUGCCUAACAAUCCCGGUCACCAGGCCUCCAACCCACAGAUGCCCCAAGGACCACCUGGAGGUUUUCAUCCACCGAAACCUAGUAACCCAGAAGAAUUCAUAAGAGGGUUGCAAACAUUCAUGGCUGCCCGAGGCAGGUCUGUGGACCUCAAUCCCGUGAUCUGUGGCAGACCGCUACAACUGCUACGGUUGUAUGCUGCUGUAGUGAAGAAUGGAGGGUCACAAAGAAUAUCCAAGUUGAACCAAUGGGGUGCCGUGGCGCAACAGUUUGGCUUUCCUCCGCCGCAACAAAUGCAGGCUGGUCAAGAGCUGCAGGUAUACUGGAUGAACAACCUUGCUCCUUAUGAGGCUGCUUGGCAAAUGUCGCAGCAGAAGCAAAGAAUGGCGGCUCAGGCUGCUGUUCAAAGUCCAAGCCAAAAUCAGAUGUCUCCUUCCCGAGAAGUUCAUCCGCAUCAAGACCCCGGACACCAGAGAGCUCCUUCUGUGAAUGGCCAAGUCGGGCCCCAAAUGCAACAACCUGCCACCAACGGACUCGCUCCUCCUCAUAAUCAGGGACAACAAGAUCUGUCAGCUGCACCCCCAAACCGGCCAAAUAUGUCCCGCCACUUCGAUCAGCAACAAGUGACAGCCAUGCAAGCUCAGAUUCAGACCCCGCCAAAACGUCCACAGGCGGUGGUCAAGGCGGUCGUGCCAGAGCCUGACGUGGAUCAACCUCUGUCAAGGCCUAUUCAAGAUCCUUUCAGACCCGACGUCCUCCCCCCUAGUCGCUUUCAUGGCCCAAUCAACGUGGACGAAAUGUUUAUCAUCGGACAGCACAUCAUAGAGUCAAAGCCGUUUGCUCCUACAGUCAGAGAAAUGGGCAUCAUCGAUAUACAUGCCUUGACCAUGGCAAUCAAAUCGGGUCUUCAUGCAGAGACACGGCUGGCCCUUGAUACUCUCGUCACCCUGUCCACCGAGCCUGCAUUGCAACUCUCCUUGGUCGACUGCGAGGACCUCAUGGACGCGCUGCUCGACUGUGCUUUGGACCAGGUCAACUUCCUCAGCGAGCAUGCCGCAGAAGUCUCCGAUGACAUGCUCUUGCCUUCUUAUGAAGAGCUUGUCCGUGCAUGUCGUUUGGAAAACGAGUCUCUUCAGGAGGCUCCUGAGUUUGGGACAGUUCAGUACGACCUCGAGCGAGCAGCUGACCGACUGAUAUGUAUAACAACGCUCAUCCGCAACUUUUCGUUCUAUGAGGCCAAUUUCGGCAUUCUUGGUCAACCAGAUGUCAUCAAGUUGAUCAGCCAUGUUGUUCGCUACCUCGGAACAACGGAGAUGUUCCUGCGAAACAAUCAAAACACCCUCGACUUCAUGAAGGAUAUUGUCAUUUAUCUCAGCAACCUGUCCACCUCCCUUCAGUUGCCGGGCAAGGAAGAAUCUCUCUGUGUCCUACAUUUCCUCCUCGCAUUUGCACCCAUGCCUCGACCCACCUCAAGCUCUGCUAAUAAGGUCUCAUUCACGAUGUACACGCCAACGCUACACAAGUACAUGCCUUCAGCUGUGGACAGUCUUGCCAAAUUAUUGGCUCGCGACGAACCGAAUCGGAUGUACUACAAAUCAAUAUUUGCAGCCGACGCCCAUUCCACCCCGCCAUUUGAAUUAUUAACGAGAACUUUUGGCUUGGCCAUCUCUCCAGUACCCGCCACCUCAGGCCACACAAGGACCAUUAUUGAAACCCGGAAACCUUUUCUCCUGCAAGGAAUGCUAGCAGCUGAAAUCUUGGCCGGGCUUGCACCCGGUUCGGACCACCCUUUGGCCCGCUCAUGGCUAGAAUCGGAAGAUGGCUUUGCCUGCAACUUGUUGCGGCUGGUGGGGAUACUCAGCGCGGACCGGACUGCGCAAAUGGCUCCAAAACAACCACAGCCGAACAAUAGAAACAUCCCAGAACCCGAUGUCAACGGGUAUGGAGCGAUCGCGAAUCGUGCCAUGGCUGUUCUGAAGACUUUGGUUCAGAAAGCACGUACUAUCGACGAACAUGGCUCCACGGUUGUUCCGUUGGGCGUUAUGCCGAGGAGGGAAAGUCUUUUAGGAGCGAUGAUACAGAAGGACAUCGAUCCUGGCAUCCUACGGCAGCUCUGCAUCUUUGCUGGGUUAGAGGAGUGA